UCGCCGUUUUAAGUCUUUGAACAUGCACAACCAAGAGCACAACCUCCAUGGGAACCGCAUAUAAAUGCGGGCCAGCAGCUACCUGCGUCUACUUGAGUGAAGAGGGGCGUAGCGAGUGCUUCUCUUUGGUGCAAGCAUAUAGAAGAACGCCCUUGCAAAUUGACUAGGCACAGAAAAAGGCGAAGAAGAAGCACAAAAGUGAAAAGAGUGGCUAUCUAAUGCUGAAAGCGGUGAGUUGGUUAAUUGUGUACAUAUGUAGGCUGCUUUUAAAAUUGGGGCGCUUAUCUUUAGAACAAGCGUCGCCAUGUCUUUGAAUGGAACAACUUGGACCAUGAGACUGAAACAGCGACCAAACUCUUCCACCAUCCAAAUCGCAACCACCUUAGCGCCUUUCUACUGUUGUCUACAGCAGCAAAGUCUUCAAAAGACUCGACGAGUAUCUCCUUCAGGAUGCCGGGCAAUCAGCAGCAAACAGCUCGAGGAAACCGCGCCGCCCUUGGGAAAGUCACGGCUGGGCGCGCUGCGGCGUCGCUAUAGAUGCCCUCGAGGGCUGUGGCAAAGAGUAUCCUUCAGACCCCUGCUUCGCUGAUCUUCAAGUGUUUGAAGCAGGCGAUGCAAGUGGCAACUGAAGAAGAAGAGGCGGGGUUACUCUCCUUGUGUCCACGCUUUGCCAGACAGCUGCUCGGGGUGAAGGUGGCCUCGAAUUACCCGAGGCCGCUCCACCUCGACAGCUUCCCGAAGUCGGGAGCCCAUCGCCUCCAGACGAUCCAUCACGAGACAGGACGCGUCGCGGAUAAUUACGCGGAAAGCAAAGCAAAGGCACUAAAUUAGUACGUUUUUGCUUUUAACUUCUCCACUGUUCAGUCUUUCAGCUUCUUAGUCAGCUACUGUCUCAUGUUCGCUCAUAAGGUCUUGCUUCUAAAUCACGGCAGUCGCAUGUGUUAGCUUUACUACAGAACAACCUAAAGAAAAAGGCUCAACGUCAACUCUUUCUCUUGUAUUAACCUUGAAGGCAACGGCUUCGAGAAGAAACAGACGAACAUGCUGGAGAGUGCGUCUGACGAGCGCACUCUUCGACGCUGGUGGAUGUGGGUACAGAGCCAAACGGGUGACGUCGCUGCUCUCAAAACUCUCUGGGAUGAGUAUGCCGCCAAUUACCCCCGUGGUGAAGUGA